AGAGGAGAUAAGAUAGGCCGUAUAAAAGUCAGAUCAGUUUUAUGGACUUUUUACAAUUGUAAGAAGUCAGCUAAAGAGGAACUUUUUCAUUUAUACAACAAAAUAAACAAUAAAAAUAAUGUUGUAUUUUGUUGUCAUUUACCUUUUCGCCGCUAUUUUGCUGUAUGGUGGAUUUGCUAUUCUUAAGGGCUCUCCUCCAAAGAUUUAUGGAUUUUAUUCUCAAGCCGGCAGCUUUUUCCGCGUUAAAGUCAUGAUAUUGAAACUUCUAAUGUAUUUGAGAGCACGAAAAAAGUCUGGAAAGUCUUCCGGUUAUGGUAAAAGCUCUCAUGAAACAGCUGAUUUGAUGGAGCAUCCACAAGCACUCACCAGUGAUAAAAACUCUUUCGAUUCGGUCUACGCAAGCUUCGGUAAUAGCGAAGGAGCGAGAAUCGUUUGCAGAGUAUCACAUAGACAGCAAAACAGAGCGGAGAUUUGUCUUCUAAUGGAAAUACCCGGGAAAGGUUACUUUGAGACUCCCGUCUUUCCAGAUACCACUUUGUAUAAUUGUUCGCAAAGCAAUAAAAUGUUCAGUGCCGGAGGUCUUCGAUUUAUAUGUAUCGAACCAAUGAAGAAAUGGAUAAUACAUUACGAUGGUUUAUUGAGAAAGGGACGUAGACUGUCGUCCGACGAACCUAUUGGCGAAUUGGUUCACUGUAAACUAUGGAUCACUUGGAAGGCUGGAUUCUCUUUAUACAACUAUGAUACCGAUAUUUGUCCGAAUAUGGUUGCACAGGGAAUAGCAAGGGAGAUCUGGUCUCGAGAAUUCUUUCAAGAAUUGGAAAAUGGCCACCAAACUCAUUACGAACAGUGGGGAGAAUCUUUUGUUACGUUUCAACAGGAAAAUCAAGAUAUAGUUUCCUUAAACGUUCGAGGAAUGAGAGAUCAUUCUUUCGGAAUACGCGACUGGAAUAAUUUCCAUCGAUAUAUCAUGCAUCUCGCCUACUUUGAAAAUGGGACUUAUAUAAGCCUUGCACUUAUAUCAUUAGAAAACUCGGUAACAAAUUGGGUUUUAGGUCAUAUUGGUAUGCCAAACGGAUUUGAAAAACACAAUAUAACAUGGAGCGAUAAAGAAAUAUGGGAAAUUGGUGAACAAGGAAAAAUGCCAGAUGAAUGGACAAUACACUUUAAAGCAGGGGACAAAGAUUAUAAACUGACGGUAAAGGUGACAGGGACAACGCUUUAUUAUUACGGAGAAAAUAGGAUAGCCAAAGUGACAAAUAAAAUGUGUGAUUUUACAUUAAAUGAUAUAAAAGGUUACGGAAAUGUUGAAGUGAUGUAUAGAAAUGACACGGAGAGCAAUCUAUUUAAUAACGAACCCGAAUUUCAACUUUUAAAAGAAUUAGCAAUAAACAAAGAGAGAAAUAUUACUGUUCCUUUUCAACAUAAUUCCUGUAAAUCAUCAAAUAUUGUCGGUGGAAAGGGAAUGCAAUUAGCGUUGUUGGACUCUUUAGAUGAUAAACGCUUUAAAGUACCAAAAGGAUUUUGUGUUACUGUAACCGCUUUCAAUGAACACUUUAAUGGAAAUUCCAUUUUAAAGAAACAGCUAGAGAUGCUGAAAAAUGCAUGUUCGAUUAACGAUUUGGAAAAUCUUAGAAUGACUUGUGAAAAAACUAUGGAAUUGAUCGUUCAAUCGGAAAUUUCUCUUGAAAUGAAGGAUGAGAUUGAAAACCAAUUGACGGAUACAUUUCAAGGAAGCCAAGUUAGAGUUGCCGUUAGAUCAUCUGCUGUUGGGGAAGAUGGAGAUGAAAUGUCAGCUGCCGGUCAAAUGGAUACUUUCUUAGGAAUGAAAACAGAUGAUGAAAUUAUAGAAUCAGUAAAGAAGUGCUGGGCAUCUUAUUUCUCAUUCGUUGCAGUUCAGUAUAGAAGACAAAAUGGACAAGAAAUAGUUCAAUCUAUGGCUGUUGUUGUUCAAGAAAUGGUACCAGCAGAGAGUGCUGGUGUAAUGUUCACAAGAGAUGCCGUAACUCAUUCGCCCUGUUUCAUGACUAUUAGUGGAAAUUUCGGUCUAGGAGAAUCAGUUGUUUCUGGAUCGUCUGAUCCGGAUGUUAUUCGGGUAAAAAGAGGCUAUACAGACGAGUUAUCCAUAGAUGAAAUUGUUAUCGGAGAAAAGAAGGCAUCUAUCCAAAUGAAAGAGGACUCUGGCGGGAUUGAAGAAAUAGUUAACGAUACUGAUAAUAAGGAGAAGCUUGCUUGCUUAAGUGAAAAAGAUGUAUUGAGACUUGCAGAAAUUGGAAUCUUCUUGGAAAAACGUUUCGGAUCUCCAAGAGACGUUGAAUGGGCAAUUUUCAAUGGCGAAAUAUUCCUACUCCAAGCUAGGCCUGUUACAACCGGAGAAUCAAUACCCGAUGAACAUUUAAAACAUGAAUUUGAUACAGCUACACUUUCCAGUUCGGAAAUAAUGACAACAGCAAAUAUUGGAGAAAUGUUACCCGGAGCAAUAACCCCUUUAACAGUAUCAACAUUUUCUCAUGCUCUCGAUUAUACAUUUUGUCAAUGGUUUAAAUCAAUAGGCGUCGUAGAUAAAAUUCACAUUAACGGAAGAUUUAUGGGCGUCUCCAAUAAUCACUUAUUUAUUAAUUUACACGCAAUGGAAGGUCUCUGCGUAAGAGUUCAAAUUGCAGAUAAACGAUUUUCGGAGUUAGCUAUAGCUGGACAAACAUUAGACGAUCUCAUAUCGGAAGAGUCUUUAUUUAAUUUUUGGCCAAAGAUCUCUACGUUUAAAAGGAUUUAUCACGUUUUCACUUAUCUUAUGGAGUUUAGAAGACAAGAGAAACGUAUGAAAGAAUGGGCGAAGAGAGAAAAGUCUUUCAAAGUUGGAAAUAACUUAACAUCAUCUAAAGAACUUUGGGAAGAAAUCAAUAAAAAGAAAUACGAAUUGAACGAAGUUUGGAGAAUGACUCUUAUCAAUUCAGCAAGAGGAAGUUCAUGGAGUCAAAUUAUAAUGAGUAUUUUAUCUCAAGGAAUUCCAGAUUGGAAAUCGGAACACUAUAGCGACAUGGCUAUGUUACUUUCCAAUUGCGAGAACGUCUAUUCAGCAAGCGUUCCCGAGGCUAUUCAACAUUUAGCAUCUUGUAUAUCGAAAGAUGACAAAAGAAGAUUAAAGUUCAUAUCUCUCUCUCCUCAAGAUGCUUAUAAUUGGUUUCAAAGACCAGAAAAUACCGAUAUCAACAAUCUAUUUAAAGACUUUAUUGAAAGACACGGUCAUCGUUGUAUUAGAGAGGCCGAAAUGAUGGAAAAAUCGUGGAAAAUCGAUAACGAAAAGAUAAUUAGCAUACUACAAACAAUGCUUCAAACUCCAAUAAAGGAAAAACCAUCCAAUAAAGGCUUAGGCAUAAACGAAUCAAUCGAUCAAAUUAAGUCGACUAAAUUGAAUAUAAUAACCAGAUUAAUAUUAAAGAUAGUUCUACCAAAAGCUAAAAAUGGUGUAGGCGUAAGAGAAGAGGGAAAAUCUAUGGCCGUUAAAAUACACGAUGAGUUCAAACAAGCUUACUGGCGAUUAGCAAGUAUAAUGGUUAAAGAAGGUUUUAUACCAGAAGAAGAACUAUUGUUCUUUUUCACUCACGACGAAAUAGGUGAAAUGAUUAAAAAUCGGUCUGGUAGACUCUUAUCAUUGGUGAAGAGACGAAAAAGAUAUUUCCCUAAUUUCCAAAAAUCAAAAUUUAAUAAGAUGAAUGCUGGUAAACCUAUUCCGAUUGAUCCGGAAGAAGAUGAAUCGCUAUCCUAUCAAUCAAAAGAGCAACUUAAAGGUUGAUUAUUUCUUACCUCAGUUUACCGUUUACUUUAUAAGAGAUGACACAUAUUGCCCAUUUCACUAUAGGAAUGCCAGUAUCUCAAGGUUUUAUUGAGGGUGACGCCAAAGUGGUAAGAAGCAUUAUGGAAGCCAAAACGAUUGCAAACGGAGAUAUAUUAGUGGUACCUUAUACUGAUGUAGGAUGGUCCCCUUACUUCCCAUUAAUAUCUGGUUUAAUAACUGAAAUCGGUGGAACUAUAUCGCACGGGGCUGUUGUUGCCAGAGAAUACGGGUUACCCUGCAUCGUAGCCGUUGAAAGGGCAACAAAGAUUAUUAAAACCGGUGAUAGACUACGUUUAAACGGAACAACUGGUACAAUAGAUAUAAUAGCAAAGGGUUAAGAAUACGAAAGAGAAUAGGAAAGGAGAAAAACACCAAGAAAAGAAUCGUGAUUAAUAUUAACUAUAAAAUAAGAUAUGCUUAUUUAUUAAUAAAUUGUAAAAUUCGCGAAAAUUCGCGAAAUUGAUUCUUAGUCUAAA